AUGCAUACCUUUUGUUUUUAAGUAGAACCUCCUCCAUUAUUAUUAUUAUUAUUAUUAUUAAUUAUUAUUUUAUUAUUAUUAUUCACUACCCUAAUCAUGUAUCACUUAACCAAAUUUUGGCCUAGUUCCUCCCACCCCAAAUCUUUCAAAUUUUAGUAAUUAAAAAUUCCAAUUUAGUCAGAAUUCUCCUGCCGUUUAUGAUCCCACCGUCUUCUAAUAAUACACUCUCUCUAUACCCUCACCGGAAUCACAACCACUCGCCGGCAACUGUCACCGGAAUCUUAACAGAUCGUCGAGUUGAAUUUCAUCUGCUCAAAUUCGUCAAUCGAAUCGAUGAAGUUUAGAUUCGUCAGAUCGGAAUCGUGAAUUUGAUUUGUUGAAGUGAAUUUUGACGGAUUGUGUCUGAAUUUAUGAAGUGUUAGGGUUUAGGUUUGUGGAUUUGAUUUCUGGAAGUGAAUUUGUGAAUUAUUGACGGAUUGAGUUUGACUUCUUGAAGUUUUAGGGUUUAGGUUUGUGGAUUUGAUUUCUGGAAGUGAAUUUACGAAGGAUUGACGGAUUGAGUUAGAAUUUUUAAAGUUUCAGGGUUUAGGUUUGUGGUUUUUGAUUGAUUGGAUUAUUUUUGGGGGGUUUUUAGGGUGAUGAGUGGUUAGUUUUAUGUAAAUUGGUGUAAUUCGCUGGAUCGGUAUUGUGGAUUUGAUUUGUUGAAGUGAAAUUUGUGAAGGAUUGAGGGAGUGAGUGUGAGUUUUUGAAGUUUAGGGUUUAUGUUUGUGGUUUUUGAUUGAUUUUGGGGGUUUAGGGUGAUGUGUGUUUAGUGUUUUGAAAAUUUGGGGAUCGAAAGAAGCGGAGAGGGGAUACUGAGAUGUCGAAUUCAAAAGUAGUGUAUGAGGGGUGGAUGGUGCGGUAUGGGAGGAGGAAGAUUGGGAGAUCUUUUAUGCAUAUGAGAUAUUUCGUUCUUGAGUCGAGGUUGCUUGCUUAUUACAAGAGGAAGCCUCAGGAUAAUGUGGUUCCAAUCAAAACUCUGGUUAUUGAUGGCAACUGUAGAGUGGAGGACCGAGGGUUGAAAACUCAACAUGGACACAUGGUGUAUGUUUUAUCAAUUUACAACAAGAAGGACAAAUACAAUCGAAUUACGAUGGCAGCUUUCAACAUCCAAGAGGCACUUAUCUGGAAAGAAAAAAUUGAGUCUGUUAUUGAUCAGCAUCAGGAGUCACUAGUUGCCAAUGGGAAUAAAUAUCAUUAUUUUGAAUACAAGUCUGGGAUGGAUAGCGGAAGGAAUGCUUCUUCAUCCGAUCAAGAAAGCCAGUAUAGUGCAGCUGAAGAUGAAGAAGAUUCACGGCCAAAUUUGAUGCGAAGAACAACCUUUGGGAACGGUCCUCCUGAAUCUAUAUUGGAUUGGACCCAAGAAAAUUCAACACUUGCAUGCCAGAAUACCAACAAUCAAGCAUUUUCAAGGAAACAUUGGCGGCUUCUUCAAUGCCAAAAUGGACUUCGUAUCUUCGAAGAGCUUCUUGAAGUUGACUUCCUUCCAAAGAGCUGUAGUAGGGCUAUGAAGGCUGAAGGUAUUGUGGAAGCUAGCUGUGAAGAAAUAUUUGAACUUGUAAUGAGCAUGGAUGGAACACGAUCCGAGUGGGAUUGUAGUUUUCAGGAUGGUAGCUUGGUUGAAGAGGUGGAUGGACAUACAGCAAUUCUAUAUCACAGGCUUCAGUUGGAUUGGUUCCCCACGUUUGUGUGGCCACGUGACCUUUGUUAUGUGCGGUAUUGGCGCCGAAAUGAUGAUGGGAGUUAUGUUGUACUCUUUUGCUCUAGGGAGCAUGAGAACUGUGGCCCACAACCAGGAUACGUGCGCGCUCAUAUCGAGAGUGGAGGGUUUAAUAUUUCCCCUCUAAAACCCCGAAAUGGACGGCCCAGGUCACAGGUCCAGCAUCUUAUGCAAAUUGAUCUAAAGGGAUGGGGAGUGGGUUAUGUUUCUUCAUUUCAGCAACAUUGCCUGCUGCAAAUGUUAAAUAGCGUUGCUGGACUGCGGGAAUAUUUUGCACAGUCUGAUGAAAGGACCGCUCCCCCAAGAAUUCCUGUUAUGGUUAAUAUGACAUCGUGUUCGGUUUCUACAAAGAAGUCACAAAAGAUAAACUUGACUUCUGUUCAUAAUCGAAGCCAGUCUCUUGAAAAUGCGGCGAAAAUGAUGGAUGAAUACUCAGAUGAAGAUGAAGAUUUCCAAAUCCCUGAAGAAGAGGCAUAUGCCAUUGAGCAGGAGACCAGACGGAUUGAAGCCUUUGAAGAAGAACCUGUUGUUGAAAUCGAUUUGUCUUGCUUUUUGGGUAAUCUUCGACGAGAUGAUAAUGAAAACAGUCGUGACUGUUGGAAAAUAUCUGACGGAAACAACUUUAAACUUCGUAGUAAGCGUUUUUGCUAUGAUAAAUCAAAGAUGCCUGGAGGCAAGCCUCUUAUGGAUCUUGUUGCUGUUGACUGGUUUAAAGACACCAAACGAAUGGACCAUGUUGCAAGGCGCCUCGGUUGUGCUGCACAAGUUGCUUCUCAAAAAGGACAUUUUUGCUUGGUGUUCAAUCUUCAAGUACCUGGUUCGACCAACUACAGCAUGGUUUUCUAUUUUGUGACCAAAGAAUUAGCAGCAGGCUCUCUAUUGCAAAGGUUUGUGGACGGUGAUGACGAGUUUCGCAAUAGUAGGAUGAAACUCAUUCCAUCAGUCCCCAAGGGUUCGUGGAUAGUGAGGCAGAGUGUUGGAAGCACCCCUUGUCUUUUGGGAAAAGCGGUUGACUGCAACUAUAUCCGUGGUGCCAAUUACUUAGAAGUUGAUGUUGACAUUGGGUCUUCUACUGUGGCUAAUGGUGUCUUGGGUCUUGUCGUUGGUGUUAUAACUAGCCUUGUGGUUGACAUGGCUUUUCUUGUACAGGCAAACACAACCGAUGAGUUGCCAGAGCGGCUUAUAGGUGCGGUUAGGGUUUCCCACCUAGAGCUAAAGUCUGCAAUUGUUCCCAAAUUGGAACUGGAUCCAGAACCAUAAUUCGUUUACUUGAGCUUGGUACAUAUAGAUUGUCUUGAAAUCUAGCAGCAAGUUAGUUACUAGCCGGCCAGCAGCAAACCAAGGGGGCGAUGUAAAGGGGUUACUUUGAAGAUCAGAAGCUGGAAUUUGACUUGCUGCUACAUUGACCAAAGUCAUUCGAAUACUUACUAUCAAGACAUACUUGUUUGUGCAACCAAAAUAUAAUUUUUUUUGAUCCGCCUUUAGUUGAACAGAAUAAGGAACACAAAAUUUGUAUUUAAUUUUAUUCAACAUUCGGUACAUACUGUGGGACGGUUGAAAGUUGUAGAUCAAGUUCAUAUACCAAGCAUACUUGUGAUCUUUGCUUAUGGAA